GUUAUGUAAAGAGUCCUAGUGAUGGCACAUUCAAUUAUAUUUUUCAAAGUUCCAUUAAAAAUUUAAAACCGCAAAAUCGUUCUAAAUGCGCAUACGGCGUAGUCGAACGCUUACCCAACUGCUGGAUCUGUGGCCAGGGAAGAAAACUUUCGGGAUCUACCGGUUUCUACCACUGUUCUUCGGGCUUGGAGCUGCGCUGGAAUUUUCUAUGAUCCACUGGCGGGUGGGAGAGACCAAUUUUUAUAACACGUUCAAGAAAAAUCAAGCCAAAGAGAUUGUUGAAGAAAAAGUUCGCCUACACCAGCUUGAGCCGACCCAGUAAAUAAAUUAGAAUGCCGGCCGGCGUAUCGACAAAGGAAUACGUGAAGUUCAUGGCAGCUGCCUUUCUGGCAAUGUUUGCCGGUUCACAGGUCGUUCACAUCUACUACAAGCCUUUGAAGGAUUUGGACCACUUUGUGAAAAAAGAAAUAAUGACUCAGCACCUCCGGGAAGUGAAAAACCCGGAUACAUAAGGUAGCAAUUAUUACUACAAUAAACGUAUAUUAGACCACAUA